UUUCAUUCUGUUUCCUGUCAGUUAAUUGUUCUUCCGGUGACAGAGGUCAGUCAGCUCACUCGAACGUAACAGGUAUCCCUGAAAAUCUACGAAAGCCACCAAAAGCAUGUCUCACACCAUCCUGCUGGUGCAGCCCACAAAGAGGCCAGAGGGUCGGACAUAUGCUGAUUAUGAAUCGGUCAACGAAUGUAUGGAAGGUGUUUGUAAGAUGUAUGAGGAGCAUUUAAAGAGGAUGAACCCCAACAGUCCGUCCAUCACAUACGAUAUCAGCCAACUCUUUGACUUCAUCGAUGACCUUGCUGACCUCAGCUGUUUGGUGUAUCGUGCCGACACACAGACGUACCAACCGUACAACAAGGACUGGAUCAAAGAGAAGAUCUACGUGCUGCUUCGUCGUCAAGCCCAGCAGGCAGCCAAGUGAAGCCCAUGAGAAAAUGUGGGGUGUGGGCAGGGAGGGGCGUUUAAAGGUURUGUUUUUGGUGUUCUUUUCACAUGGGGAGUGUAUUUUAUAUAUCCUUGUUUGACUUAUUAAUAAAGAUUCCUAUUAAACACUA